UCAUCCCCCCACCAAGAAUACCUAUGAAUGUCCCUCCUCCUGGUUUCCCUCCUCCCAGCGGCCCCCCUCCCUCUCUCAUCCCCACCUUGGACAGCAGUGGGCAUCCAGGUGGAUAUGAUGUUCGUCCUGUUCCACCAUACCCCUUCCCCACAGGUGGUUUCCCUCCUCCUAUGACAGGUGGCUACCCUCCUCCUAUGCCAGGUGUGGUGUCUCCAUGGCCUCCUAUGAUGGACCAGUCUAAACAGUGGGACUACUACCCUCCAGGUAAACCUGCCUACCCUCCAGGUAAACCUGCCUACCCUCCAGGACCGGGACCGGGACCAGGACCCAGACGGGAGGACAAGAGGGAGAAGGAGAGAGAGCGACCCAGGGAGAGACCACAUGAGAGGGAGAGAGAGCGAGAGCACAGCCCCUCCACUAUGGGCUACAACAGUGACGAGGAGCGGUACCGUGGUUACCGGGAGUACCAGGCGGAGCGUGGCUACAGCGGCGGUGACCGCGGAGGGGGGGAGCGUGGCGGCGUAGACCGUGGAGGUGACCGCGGAGGGGGGGAGCGUGGCGGUGACCGUGGGAGUGGUGGUGAGCGUGGAGGUGGAGGCGGCGAGCGCCACAGAGACAGGUCGAGCCGUGAGAAGGAGGAGAGACACAGAGAGAGAAGACACAGAGAGAAGGAGGAGGGGAGACACAAGUCAUCACGCAGUAGCAGCAGGAGGAGACAUGAUAGUGAAGAAGGAGACGGUCACAGGAGACACAAACACAAGAAGAGCAAGAGGAGCAAGGAGGGCAAGGAACCUAGUGAUGAUAUGGGAGGAGACCAGGAGAACCAGGACACCAUGGAGUGAUGAAGAAUACACCCUCCUGUCCCUCUUCAUCUCUCUCUCUCUGUCUACAUGGGAGGAGACCAGGAGAACCAGGACACCAUGGAGUGAUGAAGAAUACACCCUCCUCUCCCUCUCUCAUCUCUCUCCCUCUGUUUCCCUCGAUACGUCCCUCCAUCUCUCUCUCCUCUCUCCCUCAGAGCACUGUUGUAGUUGAUCAUGCUCAGAGAUCGUUGUUGUUUACCCGUUCCCUUCGUAGUCAUGACGAUCAUAAACAACCCUCAUCUUCUGUCAUUUAUUUUCGGCCCUCUAUUUUCUUAACCAAACACCUCGCUGAAAGAUGUCAAUUUGUUGAAUAAAAAAAAACAAGCUUUUGAUAA